AUGUCCGAGCGAAUGGCUAAGCAACGGCUGUUGCAACGCUCGAUCGAACGCGCCAUGGACAACUUUAAAAAAAUUGGAAGGAACAAUCUGACUCCCGCAAAGAUUCGCACCCGGAUCGCAUCGCUUAAAGAAGCUUGGGCGCAAUAUCAGGAAGGUCACGCCACUCUGACGCAGGUGACGCCUGCUGCCACGCAGGCCACCUUGGACUACUUCACCCAGGGUCAAUUCGAGAGCACCGAGGACGUUUUCACUACAACGUGGGAGUACAUGGCGGAGCUGUUGGAGGAGAUGGAGCCGAUCGUGAGUCCGAACCCGAGCACCUCCGCAUCGCGGUUCCCGUCGGAAGCGUCCGCGUUCUCUCUAUCGCAUCUUCCGCCCAUUAAAUUACCUCCGUUUGAUGGCAAUUAUGACGAGUGGGAACAAUUUCGCGAUCGGUUCACGGCGCUUAUUCGCCAAAACAAGGAUCUCACGAACUUCGCGCGUAUGCAUUUCUUGUCAUCCUGUCUCAAGGGGCGCGCCGCGGAAUGUAUCGCGAGCCUCUCCGUUACCGCAAACAAUUUCGAAAUCGCUUGGCACGCAUUGACCUCGCGCUAUGAAAAUAAGCGACGCUCGCUAAACGUUCAUCUUUCAACAUUGGUUAAUUUAACGGCUAUAACGCGCGAAUCAGCUUCCGAGUUGCAAACCUUGCGAGAUAAAGUCAAUCAUGCGGUAGCGGCGCUCAAAAACCUUAAUCGAAAGUCGGAGGAACUUUGGAACGACACUCUCGUUCACCUCAUCGUUCAAAAAUUAGAUCCGAUCACGCGGAAAGCGUGGAACGUCAAAGUCGGCGAUACCGACGAUCCCCCAUCGUACGACGACCUGAAGAGCUUUCUAACAUCUCGCGCUCGCGCAUUGGAAGAUUUUGCGAUAGCCUCAUCCUCGAAAGCCGCUGUCACGUCCAAAGUUCACACCGCAACUGCAUCCGCGCAUGCACCGAACAAAUGUCCGCUGUGCAAAUCUCAACAUUUUUUAAAUUUGUGCCCUAAGUUUGUGAGCAAGAGUGCGAGUCAACGUCGGGAAAUUGUUAAGCAGCAUCAACGAUGCUUCAAUUGUUUGAGCGCGAAACAUGCCGUCCAGGCGUGCCGCAGUAAAUAUUCUUGUCGCGUGUGCGACAAGAAGCAUCAUUCUAUGCUGCAUUCCGACUCGGACUCUUGCCCUAGCUCCUCCGACGCGGCCGCGCUUAAUUGCUCGUCGCCUCAAAUUGCAGAUUCGAAACCGGAAGUCAAUUCGCUCCUCGUUUCGACAGCGACGAAAAAGCUCUCUCCGAUCUUGCUCGCGACAGCCUGGGUCACCGUGCGCGUCGCGUCCGAUCGCACCGCGGUCGUUCGAGCGCUCCUCGACCAGGGAUCAGAAAUGACGCUCAUUUCACAAACCCUGGCGCAAACCUUGCGCGCAAAACGCCUUAAGAUGCCGAUAUCCGUAUCCGCCGUGGGUGGUAUCAACGCUGGUACGUUCCAGCACGUAACAAAUAUUUUCAUCUCGUCGCGGAAAUCUCUCGUUCCGUCAUUCGCUACAACCGCGCUUAUUCUCAAAUCGCUGACUUCAUAUACUCCGAAACGCAAUGCGGACAUUUCGUCGCUGUCGUACCUCUCGGACUUGCCAUUGGCCGACGCGGAUCCGACGAGUCCCGACCCUAUUAGUAUCAUUAUCGGGGCCGAUCUGUACAGCGACAUCAUCCUGGAUGGUGUUCGCAAGGGCGGGCUCGGGUACCCUCUCGCCCAAAACUCUGUUCUCGGGUGGGUCAUAUCGGGGCCCACCCAUUCAUCCGCACCAAAUGACCGCUCUACGGCGACAACAUCUUCUUCGCAUUGCUCGUUCAAUUCCAUUUCCGUUCAUCACGUUGUCGGCUCUCCUUCUCUUGACGUCGAACUUCGCCGCUUCUGGGAAGUCGGAGAACUGCCGCGCCAAUCUCUUCUCUCGCCUCAGGAAAAACAGUGCGAAGAGCAUUUCUGCUCGACUCACUCGCGCGAUCCCAAUGGACGGUACGUCGUGCGUCUUCCUUUCAAGGAAACGCCUCCUCUCAAUAUCGGUAGCUCAAGAUUUCGCGCCGAGAAGUUGUUGCAUACGCUCACGCGUCGCUUUCACGACAAGCCGGAAGUCGCGAAGGAGUAUCAUGAUUUUCUAUCACAAUACGAGCUUUUGGGGCACAUGAGGCCAGCUCCGCUACCUCAAAAUCAAUCCGAACAACUCGUAUACCUUCCUCACCACGGGGUAAUCCGGGAGGAUAGCUCUACAACGCAUCUCCGCGUUGUAUUCAACGCUUCGAGCGUUACUUCCAACGGCACAUCGUUGAACGACCAUUUACAUGCCG